GACUAAAAGCAGAGUAGUAGGAGAGGAGUUGUGUAUCUGUAUGUCCAAUGCCCAUUUCGCAGUGCGAAUUUUGUAUUAUAUCCCCCAAAUACACAACAUUUGGAAAAACAUCAAAAUUUCCAACAUUUUCACCCUUCAAAAUUAGCAAUUCAACAAAUGUGGACAAUUGUGUGGUGCCCCACCCUUUCCUUUGUAGGGUUACCGAGUGCGAGUGAAAUCGUGUCUGUGUAGCAGUGCGGGUCCUCCGCGCGCCGUCGACCUGCGUUUUGCCCCCUCCUCCGUCACUCCUUUGCCCCCCACUUCACGACAACAUCAACAAACACGGCAGCCCCACUGAACGUCGUCCACAAUAUCGGAAAAGUGUCCUUCGUGCAACAGCUAGCGUAUCAUCAUGGAGGAAUUCCGUUCAAACUUCCUCCUUCUUCUUCACUGUCGUUAUCCCCAGGGAAUGUUGCUGGACAAAGUUGAAGAGGAAUAUGAACGCUACUUCCAGAAGAGGGUGGAGCCGUACAUGUUUUUAAACGAGAAUCCGGGUAGUUGGCGAAGUGUAAUCGAAAAGACGUACCUGCAUAAUGAUCUCAAAGUCUUCGAAAUAAAUUCUACCCUCUACGUUAAGCCUGUGGGGAUACGAUCAGAAACGGAAAUGAUGCUGAUUGCAAAACUGGCCAAAUAUUCUCAUUUUCACUUUGCCCAAGACACCUUCUUUCAAUUGAGAGAUUGUACUUGUUGCGCCCAGACUCAACAGCAACAAAUUUAUAGUGGAUUCCCCUCUUCGGCCAUUAAUCAUUACAGCAGUAGUAGCUCCAAUGCCUUGUCCACCGCAGCUGCUGUUGCCGCUGCGUCUAAUCAGUAUACAGCCAAUGUCUUACAACAACAACAGCAAGCACAAGGGGCCGAACCGUUUAGAGUCCAGUAUGUAACUCAAGGUGCUCUUCAAGGGGCUACUCCCAUACAAGCCACCAAUUUAACUGCGACAAAUUUAUCCAUGAAUGGGGCUGUAAAAUAUGAGAGAUUUGAUGAUCAAACUAUUCGGAGCGCAGGUCAGCAAAGCGGUGAUUAUUACAUUAUGUUACAAGGAUCCCAAAAUCAACCAAUUAGAUAUGAUGCAAUUGGUAAUCUUGCUUCCCCAACUGCUGUCCAGGCACAUACAAGACAAGAAAUUGGAUCUACGGGAGUCGUAUACACGACAACAACACCACAACAGCAAAGCAGCACCCAACAAUGGAGUUUCAAUAGGGAAACUGGAGUUACUCAGCCACAGGUUGCAUCCGCAAGUGCGACCCCUUCCCCCGCAGCUUCAACUCCAAAAGGUAGAGGGAAAGGAAAGGGGAAGGGUGGUGGAGGAGGGGGAAAAGGCAAAGGAGGGGCUACCGCUGUUACCGUUGCUGUAGCUGGAGCUGUGCCUGUUGUCAAUGCGAAAGGAAAAAAGUCCGAGUCUUCAUCAACCAAUGAUAAGGAAAAGCAGUUAAAUUACUGUCGUUGGGAAGGUUGCAAGAAAGCAUUUCGUAGGUACAAACUUUUGGAGAAUCAUGAACGCCUUGCUCAUCUACAAGAUGGGGACGAUAACUUAACUUGCUCCACAGUUGGAUGCAAGCUUCGUUUUCAAGAUAAGAAACAACUACAACAUCACGAAAGUAGAUGUGAAUUAAAACCACAUCGUUGCACUUGGGAAGCAUGUGACAAAACAUUUCGUACAAGCAAGUUACUUCAUGGUCACAUCUCUGCCGUACAUCGGAGAAUCGGGCGAAAUACAUACAAAUGUACAAUUCCUGGGUGUUCUCAGGCUUACCCCGACUCUACAAAACUACGGACUCAUGAAAUAAGAUGUCAAUUCCGAUUUGACACUUUAAGGGAUAUCGAUAUGGAGAAGGAGGCUGCUGAUCAACUGGCCCUUGCUGCAUCUACGAAUUCAGUGGAUGCAUCGGGAAACACAAUAUCCUCCGCAAGUAACCUCACAACCUCUUCAAUUUCCAGUGGGGGUGGUGCCACAAAUGACGAUCCCAUGAACAUGACCAUGAGUAGUAGCAUUGAAGAAACUAAACCCUCCACAGUUGACCUUUCUAGCUUUCUCAAAACAGAAGUGGAUGGUGACGGGCAGUGUUUUGUGCAAAAUCAAAUUUAGAGUGUAAAUACAUGCAUAGACGAGAAGACAGUUCUAUACUAACUACUAAAUCUACCAAUAUAUAAAAACAGUGUUUAAAACUUACUACAAAUUUCAAUCUUCUUCACGGACUACAUUUAAAUCACACCUGACGACUAAAACUAACAAAGGAAUAAAUCGUAUAGUUGUUCAUCAAACCAACACCACAACGUAUGACCUGCACAUCCAAAAUGUAUCUUUGCAAUCACCGCCUCUUAAAUAUAAUGUCUAAGGUAUAUAUAUAUUAUGGGCUCACAUUUGUUAUUUUUGACUUGUUUAAAUAUUAUAUAUAUAUAAAUAUAUAUGUGUAGCUUAAUUAAAACGUUGUUGUAAUAAUUGAUUUGUUAUGAAAAAUGGUGGGUUUGUAUAGAGUUUAACAACUUAGCAUAUGUACGUGUAAGUAUAAGAUACAAAUUAUUACAACAAUGACAUAGAAGAAUAUAUAACAGAAAAUACACAGACCUCGAUAUACAAUGAUUUGAAACAUAAAGGCAGAGAGAACAUAUAUAUUUCAAUUUUUUAAAGUUAUAUAAAAGAUUAUGCUACGCUAAAUAUAUGUCGAGAGGAAUAUCAGUAAGAAAUGUUUGUUUUAUUAAGUGUGGUAAAUAUAUUAGUUAAUUAAUGUUGUUAUGUAAUUAUUUAGCUGUUGUUGAAACUAAAUGACUUGGUUUGUUCUUGGUCGUCGUUAAAUAAGCACUCAAUAUUUUCUUUGUAAUUAUUCUAUCUAUUUACUAUACUACCAGCAUGAUCAUCAAUUUAUUGUUUGUUGCAUGAAAAGUACUGCAGGCUUUUAAUUGGUUAUAUAUGUUUGUUGUUAUGAUAUAUGUUAUAUAUGAACCUGUAAUUUCUGUAUUAUUUUUACACAAAAUACUUAUCAAAUCACCCGAAACGUCAAUGUCAUAAUACUAGCUCUAUAAUGAAAACUGCAGGAUUCCCUAUGGUAGAUGAUUAGUUGUUAUGCCGUUAUUGUUACUACAGAUUAGACAUUGUUAAAUAACUUUCUCCCACCCACCACCACCACCCACUACCGCCACGAUCACUCCAUUGUUAGUAGUUGUAGAUUUAUGUAGAGGAUAAACAGACGACGACAACGGAGACAAGAUGCAGAGAGUGAGGAAACAGUUGUUUCAAAAGAUUUUGAUAUUAUAGGGGGCGGCGUUCUUUCUAAUUUAAAUGUUUCGCAUGACUUAUUUACGUUGUUGAUCACGCACGACAAGAAAACUAUUCACAUUUUAGACGGGAAGCAUUAUAAUAAUUAGUAAAUAAUAUUGUUCUGCUUCCGUUCACUCAACCUCAGCUUCCUCCAAUAUGCCUUAAAUUUUACAAAUCAAAAUGGUUUCGUACGGUGUAAAAGAAGACAAUUAAUGUUUGUUGGCGUUAUUGUUGUUGAUUGAUUGAUGUUGAUGACAUGUAAUGAUGAACGGUAUCGUAUCUUCCAAGUCGUUGCAAUGUUUUUGCAUUUCUGAAAAGCAAACCAAAGCUAAAAUUGUAUUUGUAUUAUCGUGUAAUUUGUACUACAUACAUACAUUAACGAAUAGCCUAUACAUACAUGUACCCAAAAAAUUCAACAUUUGCCUUUAACUAGCAUAUAUAAAAAUGAAAUGUAUACAACGCUACUCUGCAUCUAUAUUAUGCACCUUCUCCGUAGUGAAUAAUGAACAUUUACAAAUUAAAGUACGACACAUUCAAUUCACAGACACACUAAUUGUCAACAAAACAUUGUUUAAAAAAUCUCUGAAAGCAAUCAAAACCUAUAAAUUCAAAAAUAUUAUUGAAAAAAAUGUGUGCAAACGCGACGACGAAAGUAAAUUGUGUGGCCUGACCAAAAAGCUAUGCAUUUCUUCUCGUAUUUAUAUGAUGGUGAUGAGCAACAGUUUUUAAAUAAGAGUUUGAGUUCUUACUUAUUACUGAUAAUUCUGUUGUUGUUUCCAUUAUAUUAUAAUAUAAAAUGGUAUCAAAUCACUUACGAACAAUUUUAUGAAUCACAAUUAAGAGGUUGAAAAUGUGGAGCAAUAAUAAUAUCUAUUCCUCUAUGCAACAAUUAA